UUUUGUCAUCAGAUGCGAAGGUACUUCAUACAUUGACUAUUUCUCGAAUAGCAGCUUAUAAAUAACAAGCUGCUAAAUAACAACCCACCUCUACCUAAAAUGACGUAUGAUAUGUGACAGUACGGUCUUUUGCAAAGUGACAUAUUUUGGGUAAUAUCUUUAAGCAAGAGCGACCGGUAAAAUCGGUAAGAAAGAAAACUGUCAAAUUAUCUUGACAUUUAUUUUUUUCUGUAAACAUUUGAUAAUAAUAUUGUUGAUCAUCAUCAGUGUUUUUAUGCGUUGUGUUUGUAAGAUCUUAAUGCUUACGUAUUACGUAUGAAUAGAAGGUAAAACGUAAUAGUAGGAAGACAGUGACCAAUUAUUUAGAAAUGACUGUUAUUAAGGAUAAACAAAGCUACAAUUACCCUAAACCUAACUCCAAUGUGAAUUCUGAUACUGAAUCCCUACAUUUGGGAAGUGUAUCUGCAAGUGAUGCAGAAUCUUUGCAUGAUGAACCAAUUGGGCCUCAUAGAUUGCAUACUGUAUUUCGACCACCUCCAUUUAAGGCUUCUAACAUUGAGGAGCAUAUCCACAUCAAAAGAAACUGUGGCAAGAAAAAACUUCGCAGAUAUGAAAACAGAUGCACUUUGCAAACAUUGAAUGAAGAGGAUGAAAAUGAUGGCUACAUUGUAAUAAUGGAGUCCUAUAAAAGUCCAUUUUCUCGUCUUCUGGAAGAUAAGCAGGCUUUAGAAUAUUGGAAUGAUUUCAUAGAUAAAUCUGAGGAGGAGCAAUGUAGGAUAAUUCAAAAAUUCAGUGAACAUUAUUGUGAAAAUGAGAAACUAAAGGAAAAAAAUGACAAGCCUGGACGAAUUUCAUCGCGAAUCAGGCGCACCAUCAAAAUAAGGCGAAACCUUUCACUGGAGGAAGUGAAAAUGUGUGAGGAAGAUUUGAUUAUGUUUUUCAAGACAACACCUAAGGAUGUUUAUGUUAAACAUCCACCAACAAGUUUUGACAGGCUGUUGUUACAUGGCAUUGCUCAAUAUCACAGACUUAAGUCGAUAAGUAUCCUACCUCAAGAUGGAAAACCACGAUCAAUUGAAGUAUCUAAUACAAUGGAUGAGUGGGCUCCUGUGGAGUGUUACAUUACAGAUUUUAUUAGACAUUUAAGAAAAAACAGUACAUAGAUUCAUUCUAUGUAAAACCAACUCACUUUAAGUUUUAUUUUAUUUGUACCUUUUAUAAUAUGGAGAGUUAUUAAUGUUUUAUGGUUUAUGUUGUUGUCGAAUUUUUAUUUUAGUUUUUACAGAUUGGUUUUAUUUUUUAAUGUAUUAUUGUUUCUAAGAACACUUAUGCAUGUUUUAUUUUGUUCCAGUUUUUACUUUUUGAUCAUUCUACCAAUAUUUUCAGCACAUGUUGAUUUAGUUUUUGUUUUUUGCCAUUGAAAUACUGAAAUAAGGCGAAAAUACCAUGAACAGAUAAAAAAAGGUGCCCAUUUUGAUAGAUUUUGUGAACAUUCUUUUUCUAAUUUAAUUUUGCACUGCAUGGAGCUUGAAGAAGACUAGCCUUUUUUAGCCCAGGGAAAAAUAACCAUAUACUCCGGCUCUGUGUCAUCUAUUUUUAUGUUUUGUUUAUGCACGUGUUUCAUCAUGUUGUUAUUUCUUAGUAUGUAUUUUCAGAGGCAACAUGUGAAAUGAAGUACCUAAGUACCUGCAAUAAUAAUGUAUUACAAGCUUAACUUAGAAAUGCUUUGUGAAUCUUACAAUUUAGAAAUAGUGCAAGCCUCUGUGGUAAAACGGCAUUUGAUGUUUGUGUGAUGAUAUUUUUAAAGGAUGUUGAAUGCGUUUCUAAAUCUCUUAAAUUUUGUUACUAUAUAUAGGGUGUUACUUGAUGAUAGGCCGUAGUUACAAGGGCGCAUUCAUGUAACAAAUUCAAGAAGGAAAGUUCAUAUAAAUAUGUGUCCUAAAAAGUUGGUUUCCAGGGUACCAAGCUUCAAAGUUUUAUGAAAAUUUUGGUUUUGUAUUAACAUAUUAAAUAUCCAUGUGCUGAAUUUUUGCAGGGUUGUUCAGCGCAAUAAGACGCUAAGUUAGUACUAACUAAAAGGUAAUUAUGAAUUCCAGUGGCUCUCUGGGGGCAGUCUCGCGAAUAAUAUUGAAAAAAAGUACGCUGGUGUCGUCUUAGAAAAUAUGCUUUUUUCAGUUUAAAAAUAAAAACAAGUUCUUACCAUAUGAAAAACAAUGUUGAAAUCAAUUCAAUUUGAGCAAUUUAGAAUAGUAAAUAAUAAGUCUUUUUUUAAAAUUGAUAAUAAGAUGACAAAGAUUUAUGUUUUCGUAUUUCAACAAUUUUUCUACAUGCAAUGAAUUUAUUUUUACUUUGUCCUCGAAAACGAAGUAAGAUUCGAAGGGAUGCCAAAGCAAACAAGUUGUAUGUAUGAUUAUCUAUUCAAUCUGAAAAAAAAAUAUUUUUUAAAGUGGUGAAAUUGAUUUUUAAAUAAUUAUUCGUGAGACUACCUCUCUAGACGCCAUGAGAAUUCACAAUUACCUUCUAGUUAGAGCUAAUUUAGCGUCAUAUUGCAAUGAACAACAGUGCCAAAAUUUAACAAAAUCGGCACAAAGAUCUAUAAGAUGUUGAUAAAAAACCAAAAUUUUACGAAACUUUGACACCCUGUACCUUGACAAUCAGACUCAAACACGUGUUAUUAACACAUUAACACCCCAACUACUGACGAGAGGCUGAAAUGCUACAAAACAAACAGCAUUUGUAAUUUUUUUCUUGAUUGCUUUGUAUACCUGCCUACAAGCAAUGUGUCUUCUCUAGUUGUAGUUUGCAAGGCCUUUUGAACUAUCGGGUUUUAUAUAUACAAUUUUAUGCCUUUUGAUGUUUUAGAAUCACUACGUGUAUGUUCUUUCUAACGUUUUCACCAAAUGAUAAUAAACGAAUGAUAAUAA